AUGACUUUACGGGCAGAGCAAUUUUGGAUAAAAGGACCACCAGCUGGUCUCAGAGAGAGUAUAAUUGGCUCAGGCCUUGUUAAAGACACGAAAAUCACUGUUCAAGCAAAUCCCAAAAAACCAAAAACAGGCCAGAUAAGAAUGUCAGACGAAACGCUUCACAGAUUGAGUGCUACCAAGACAUCAGUCAAACCUCGCAGAAAAUUAUCAUACACAGCGCAUUCGGUAUUAGAACCAAUGGAACAAAUAAGGGGAGAAAUCAACACCUCUCAAAGCUGUCGGUUUGCUGAGCCUCCAAAACGUCAACCACCCGAUGAACAAUCACUAUAUCCUUACCCUUCUGAAAAUGUCUUAAUUUCAAAUCAUCAAAAAACUCCAUUUGAAGAAGCUUUAUUAACAGAAAAAACCGCAACAGAAAGAGAGCAGUCUCAAGACCUUCUAAAGAAAUUCACAAAAAUCCUAGACGAGCUAGAACAACAAAAACAUAUGAAAUUAACUCCGACAGAACAAGCUGAAAACUAUAGCAAUACAUUAAAUGCAUAUUACUUACUAUGGAACGACAUUAUUCUCAAAAUUAAAGGCUACAACAAAGACUAUUCGAUGAUGUUAAUUCAAAUCAAAGAUUUCUUCCAAGAAUUGCUUGAAAAACUUCCUAAACUUGCUAAAUCCUAUGAAAGGAAGCUUGCCGACAUGCAAGAACAACACAAUGAGCUAAGAAAAGUCAUUGAUGAAUUAAAUAUCAAAAAUGAAGAACAGAAAAGAGACAUAGAAGCAGGCCAGGACAAAUUCCUCAAAAUGAAUAACAAUUUAACACUUACUAAAAAGCAAUUAGAAGUAGAAAAUGCGGAAAAAACAGAAUUAUUAAUCAGAGUUGAUGAACUUAAACAGAAAACUGAUGAAGCAACAUAUCGUGUAGGCAAACUACAAGAGAUGCGUAAAACUCUUGAAGGAAAAAUUGCUGAAUACGUUACAGAAUCUGAUGAUUUACAUAAUCAGAUACAUCAAUACGAAGCUUUAGUUCAAAAGUACGAAGAUGAAGGCGCAGGCUUCAGGCCAAUGUACACAAAAGCCGUAGAAGAGCUCAACGAGCUAAAGAAAAAGUACGAAGACUUAAAUACAGAAUUGAAUGAAUAUAAACUUCACGAAGAAAAAAGUGACAUCGGAACCGAUCCAAUUUGGUCGAUUUCAGAACUUACAAAUAAGAAAUCUGAUGCCGGAAAGAAAGGAAGAGCACGACAAAUGUCACUUUCUAACAAACAUCUUGGAAAGAAAGGAGAUAUUAAUCAUUCGGUCGAUUCUUUCAGACUUGGAGAGAUUUCAGGGUCCAAUUCUACUCUCAACAACGAGAAUCUCAAGCUCACGGCUAAUGAUUCAAUAGCAGAACUCAGUAGCGAUGGAAGUCAGAUUUUGAUGACAGAUUUACAACCAGACAAACUUCCAAAGAGCGCUACGAUGUCAUCUGGUGAUUCUAAACCACAAACACCGCUCAAGCAAACAACAGAUCUCAAUAAAUCCUCAGAAUCUAUCAAUUCUGUAAAAUCUUCACAUUCAAAAAGUGAAGACAAAAAAGUGCCAGAGAAAGAAAACGAAAAAACAGAAGAAAAGAAGGAAGAACCGCAGAAAACAGAAGAACAGAAGCCAGAAGAGAUCUCAGAAGACGCAGAAACAGAUGAUCCAACUUAUAAUGUCGUAGAUAGGCUCCCUCCUGAAUAUAAUCCAAAUGAUUUCAUGAUUUCAGAAGCAGACUCAAUGGUAACAUACGUUUAUACAUUGCUACCAAAGAAAUACGACGAAUACAAUAUCUAUGCCGGUGCAGAUGCGUUCCAAUUGUAUGCUAUACCAAAAGAUGUCCAGUUGAAGCCUUUCUCGUGGACAUUGAGGAACGUUAUCAUGAUACUAAGAGAUGGAUUCGAACAUUUCACAUCUCUUUCAGAUGAUUUAACUUUCAAAGCGAUUAUCGAAAAUGUUCUCAUGCAAUCUCACAACAACGACAACGUUGUACGAAGAAUCGAAGCUUCUCUCAUGACAUCAGUUGUCCAUUUCAGAAAAGUUUCAAAAACAAUGGACUUUUUCAUCAAAUUCGUAAUUGGAGAGUUUUCUGUAACUAAUUUCAAGUUCUUUAACAUGUUAUUUAGCUCAGCAUUCUCUAGUAUCUAUCCAAGAGUCGAAACAAUUACGAAUGAUCCAGAUAUUGAAGAAGAUGUCAAUGCUUUUACAAUCCAUCUCUCAAAUUGUAACAAGCUUGCAGGAAUGUUCCUCAAAACACCGAAACUUCCUAAAUCCAUCGCUUUGAAACUGAUGAGAACCGCUCCAGACCGAAAUUACCCAUUAAUGGUCUCUUUCUGGGACUUUGCUACCGAGAUGAUUUAUCUGUUCAACAUUAUGCAUAAGAAUUUCCACACUUCGAUCCGAAAUUGCUUCAAAUUGGUCGGAGUAGGCGAUGUAGAGAAGAUUGUAUUCGAUAACUUCAUUGGUUUCUGCUUGAUUAUUAUGCCUGAUUCGACAGAUAAGUCAAUCAAAGAACUUUGGAAGACAAUUUCGCUGACUGUUGGUGAAAUGAACGCUUAUUACAUUGAAUACCCGUACAUUUUACAGUACUUCGGAGAAAACCAGACCAUUGUUGAAUCCAUCCUCGGAUUGCCAAAGAAUGACCAGUUUGACCAGAUGUUCAAGACCAUGGUUCAAAAAAGUGACAGAUUAUAUCAAUUUAUGAAGAAUCGAUAUAUUUCUUACAUUCCGAAACUGAAAGCAGCCAUUAAACAUGAUUUGCUCCAGAAAAUCAUGAAAUACAUUUUUAAUAUCAGAAAUCAGAUGAUUAAAUGCGAUUUAAGCGAGGCGUUCAUGUUCUACAGACAUAUCUUGCAGACAGUUGACUUGUCAAUUACUCAGGCAAACCCUUAUUACAUAUUCCCGCCUCAAAUGUCUCCAAAUCACGUAGAAACACUCUUGACUUCUGUAAAAGCAAGAGAGAAAGUGGCCUAUUUCGCAGUAAAUGUAGAAUUAGGCGAAGAUCCGGAUAAACCAGAUCCGAAUGCUGAAAUUGAUCAGUUACCUACUGAAGAAAUUUAA